UCAAGCAGGGAGCUGGGCCCUCCUCCUUCGGUGGAUGAGGCAGCCAACACAUUGAUGACACGCCUGGGCUUCCUGUUGGGAGACAAAACUAGUGAGGGGCCAGACAGAGAACAUUACAGCAUGGAUGAACCAGACAAUAGACAGGGCCUGGCUGGUAACCAGAGGAUCAGUCCAUGCUCCACCCUGACCAGCAGCACAGCCUCCCCCCCGGCUGGCUCCCCCUGCUCCACCCUGCUGCCUGGCACCGAUGGUGCCAUGCCCAGGGGUAACCAGGUUAACAAGGACCACGCCUACGGAUCUGUCUCCAGCCCCACCUCCACCCUGGAGAGUCGGGACAGCGGCAUCAUCGCCACCCUGACUACCUACCCUGAGAACGCUGAGCGUGGGGGUAAAUACAGUGAGGGGGGUUUCUCGCGGGGAAGCAACCUGAAGCUGUGGCAGAGCCAGAAGUCUGGUAUGGAUUCGUUCCUGUACCGUGUGGACGAGAACAUGGCUGCCUCCACCUACAGCCUCAACAAGAUCCCAGAGAGACACCUGGACAGCAUGUCUGCUCACUCCAUUCCUCUGUGCCUCAUGCCUCGCCCUAACUCUGUCGCAGCCACCAGCUGGGCUCAGCUGGAGGACGUGACCUACCUGGAGGAACAGAGACACACUCCGCUGAGCAUGUCCAUGCACAUGAACCGACAGAACACACACACUGGGGCAGGACGCGCUCAGACCGACCUCAGAGUGCGGUUUGCCCCGUACCGGCCACCUGUCAUCUCCCUGAAGCCCCUCCUCUUUGAGGUGCCCAGCAUCACCAUGGACUCCAUCUUCACCGGCCGUGACUGGCUGUUCCAGGAGGUCGACGCCCAUCUCAACAGUGGCAAAAACAGCACCAACCGCGGUGUGGUUGUCGUGGGCAACAUCGGCUACGGCAAGACGGCCAUCAUCUCUCGUCUGGUGGCGCUGAGCUGCCACGGAACACGCAUGAGACAGAUGGCCUCUGACUCUCCGCAGGCCUCACCCAAACAUGGAGAGCUCCCCCUUACCCAGCCGUCCCACAGCACAGGUACCCUGGGAGGAGGCAGCUGUCCCGGGACCCCCGAGAUGAUACCACGCCAGGAGGAGACCAUGAGGAGACUGGCAUCUCAGGUGGUGGCGUACCACUACUGCCAGGCGGACAAUGCCUACACGUGCCUGGUGCCGGAGUUUGUCCACAACGUGGCAGCGUUGCUGUGUCGCUCGCCGCAGCUUAUCGCCUACAGAGAGCUGCUGCUCAGGGAGCCACACCUACAGAGUAUUCUCAGUCUGCGCUCCUGUGUUAAGGAUCCCCUGGCCUCCUUCAGAAGAGGAGUCCUAGAACCCUUGGAUGUCCUCUACAAAGAGAGGAAGAUCGCCUCUGAAGAAGACCUGGUCAUCCUGAUAGAUGGACUAAAUGAAGCAGAGUUCCACAAGCCUGACUACGGAGACACCAUCGUCUCCUUCCUCAGCAAAACCAUCAGCUUGUUUCCCCACUGGCUCAAACUGGUGGUCACGGUCAGGACCACAUUGCAGGAGAUCACCAAGCUUCUCCCAUUCCACCAUAUCUCUGUGGAUGGUCUGGAGGAGAAUGAUGCAAUAGACCAGGACUUACAAGGUUACAUCCUGCACCGCAUCCACAGCAGUCCUGAGAUACAGAACAACAUCUCUCUCAACGGCAAGAUGGACAACACCACCUUCGGCAAACUCUCAGCCCACCUCAAGGCCCUCAGCCAGGGCUCCUAUCUGUACCUAAAACUCACCUUUGACCUUAUAGAGAAGGGGUACCUGGUCCUCAAGAGCUCCAGCUACAAGGUGGUGCCUGUCAAUCUGGUUGAGGUAUACCUGUUGCAGUGCAACAUGCGUUUCCCUACCCAGUCGUCCUUCGAACGGGCCCUCCCCCUACUCAACGUGGCCGUGGCAACCCUCCACCCCCUCACUGACGAACAGAUCUACCAGGCUAUCAAUGCCGCCUCCCUGCAGGGCACGCUGGACUGGGAGGACUUCACACAGCGCAUAGACAACCUAGCCAUGUUCCUGGUCAAGAGAAGGGAUGGGACCAGGAUGUUUGUUCACCCAUCAUUCAGAGAAUGGCUGAUCUGGAGGGAGGAGGGGGAGAAGACGAAGUUCCUCUGUGACCCCAGGAGUGGCCACACCCUGCUAGCCUUCUGGUUUUCUCGCCAGGAGACCAAGCUGAACCGACAGCAGACCAUCGAACUGGGACACCACAUCCUCAAAGCACACAUCUUCAAGGGCCUAAGCAAGAAGGUUGGGGUUUCCUCGUCUAUCCUCCAGGGGAUGUGGGUUUCCUACAGCACAGAUGGCCUGUCCACUGCCCUGUCCUCACUCAGAAACCUCUACACUCCUAACAUCAAGGUGAGCCGGUUGCUGAUGCUCGGUGGUGCCAACGUGAACUACCGGACGGAGGUGUUGAACAAUGCCCCAGUGCUGUGUGUGCAUGCCUUCCUUGGUUACAUAGACAUGGUGGGGCUCCUGUUGGAGUAUGGGGCCUCUGUAGACCAGCCUUCUGAGAGCGGUGUCACCCCACUGGGCUAUGCUGCAUCCGGGGGACACAUGGCUAUAGUCACUACACUGUGUCUAAGGAGAGCCAAGGUGGACCACCUAGAUAAUAAUGGUCAGUGUGCCCUGGUGCAUGCAGCUCUCAGGGGCCACAUGGAUGUGGUCAAGUUCCUCAUCCAGUGGGACUGGGCCAUGGGACAACCACAACAACAAGGAGCCUUCAGCAAGAGCCAAGCUGUCCAGCAAGCCCUCAUCACUGCAGCUACCAUGGGAUACACAGAGAUUGUGUCCUACCUGCUGGACCUGCCAGAGAAGGUUGAGAAGGACGAGGAGAAGGUGGAACGAGCUCAGAUUAACAAUGUUGACACCCUGUGGGGAGAGACAGCUCUCACGGCAGCAGGGGGCCGGGGUAAGCUAGACGUUUGCAGGCUGCUGCUGGAGCAGGGAGCAGCGGUGGCUCAGCCCAACAGACAAGGCAUGGUACCCCUGUUCAGUGCUGUCCGACAGGGAAACUGGCAGAUUGUGGACCUUCUCCUGACUCACGGAGCGGAGGUGAACCUCGCAGACAAGCAGAGCCGAACGCCUCUGAUGAUGGCUGCCUCAGAGGGUCACCUGGGCACUGUGGAGUUCCUACUGGCACAGGGUGCGUCCCUGCCUCUGAUGGACAAGGAGGGGUUAACAGCUCUGAGCUGGGCGUGUCUGAAGGGACACCUGCACGUGGUGCGCUGUCUGGUGGAGAGGGGGGCUGCAACAGACCAUGCUGAUAAGAAUGGACGCACGCCCCUCGACCUGGCCUCCUUCUACGGGGACUCAGAGAUGGUCCAGUUCUUAGUGGACCAGGGGGUGAUGAUAGAGCAUGUGGACUACAGUGGGAUGUGUCCUCUGGACCGGGCCGUGGGCUGCAGGAACACGUCCGUGGUGGUUACCCUGCUCAAGAAGGGAGCCAAGAUAGGUCCAGCCACAUGGGCCAUGGCUACCUCCAAACCCGACAUCAUGAUCAUCCUACUGAGUAAGCUGAUUGAGGAGGGAGACAGCUUCUAUAAGAAAGGGAAAGUAAAGGAGGCAGCACAGCGCUAUCAGUACGCCCUCAAAAAGUUCCCCCGUGAAGGCUUCAGUGAGGACCUCAAGACUUUCAGGGAGCAGAAAGUGUCCAUCUUACUCAAUCUGUCCCGAUGUCGGAGGAAACUGAACGACUUUGGGAUGGCUGAGGAGUUUGCUACAAAGGCACUUGAAUUGAAACCAAAAUCAUACGAAGCGUACUAUGCCAGAGCCCGCGCCAAGCGUAGUAGCAGGCAGUUCCCUGAGGCCUUGGAGGACCUGAAUGAAGCAAUGAAGCAGAGCCCCAACCACCCUGAGAUCCAGCGCCUCCUGCAGCGGGUAGAGGAGGAGUGUCGACAGCUCACCCAGGAGGAGGAGGACGCACAGAAGCUGGAGCCUCCCCCAUCUCCUCCCCCCUCACCUCCCCCAGACGAGGGGGAGGAGGAGGAGAUGUCCCUGUCCUCCCUCCCACUCCCCCUGGAGCUCCCCCCUCCCCCGGAGCCUCGGCUGGAGGACAUGGAGCCGGUUCAGGAUCUGUUUGAGGACGAGGACUAUCUGGAGCAGGAGGCCAUGUCUAUGGGGAGUAUGGGUUCUAUGGGUCUGGCCCUCGAGAGGGAACUCUGCUCCAACCCCUCCAGCCUUCCCAUCAUCCAGAGCCCCCCUCUUUCUCCGACCAUCCACCAGCACCCCUACCACCAGGACCAGGCCUACCUGUCACGGGGCUCCCCCAUGGGCCAGGCUUACGUCUACGACCACCCCAGCCCAACCUCCAUGUCCUCCCCCGUCAUCCAGAACUACCAGCUGCCGUCGCCCCCCUCUCUCUCCCCCACGCACAACAACUCCCACUACCGACACAGCCCUCCUCAGACCUCCCCAGUGCACCAGACCACCUACCGCUUCAGCCCCCCGCCCAAUGGAGGAGGGGGACAAGGGAUGGACCACGGAUACCAGAGCCCCCCGCUAUCCCCUCUGCGUCGGGGUGGGGUACAGAGCCAGUACAGAGCCAGUCCCCCGGUGGAGAGUGUGUGUCUGUACAGGUCCCAGUCAGGGUCUCCGGUGCGCUACCAGCAGGAGCAGCCUACUCUUUCAAAGAUGAGCAGCCAGAGGUCCUUCCAGCAGAGUUCACAGCCUUCCCUGCACCACCAGGCCUCCCUGCACCACCAGGUCUCCCUGCACCACCAGGCCUCCCUGCACCACCAGGCCUCUCUGCACCACGACACCCUCCAGACCCACCAGCACCACCAAGCCCAACUGAACCACCAGGUCUCCCAACAGCACCACCAGGCCCAACUACACCACCAGGCCUCCCAACACCACCAGGACUCCCUGCAUCACCAGGCUCAACAGCACCACCAGGCCCAGGGCCUGCGCCUCCAGCCCUCCAUGGCCCAGAUUGUUCGCACCAACCAGCCCAGUAACACAUACGGCCAGAUGGGCCACCCCAUGCGUUACCAGGGGGCCUCCAUGGACGUGCCGAUGGAGAGCCAGAGCCGGUUGAUGUACCAGCCCUCCCUGGAUGGUCGCUCCAUGCCCCAGUCCAGCCUCUCAGCUGGGGCCCUCUGUCAGCACGGUGGCCGAGGAGGGGUCAUAGAGGGCCUGAUGAAGGACGAGCUACCCCAGCGCCCCUCCUCUGCCUACCGUGCCAGCAGUGGGGGAGGACAAGGGGGCCAGCUCCAGGGGGCUGUCCGCUAUAGCCAGACCCCCCAGAUUAGCCGCAGCCAGUCAGCCGCCUACUACCCUGGUACCAAGCACGAGCUGGAGCGUCAAAACAGUGUCAUGCCCCAGUGCCAGCUCGGAUCCCCAGAGAUCGGCCACAUGGUGAGGCGGCCCGUCAGUGCCACUACCACGGAGAUCAAACCGCUAAUUUCCACUCCCCGGCCCCUCAUUCACUCCCAAAGCGUGGGCCUCCGCUUUUCUCCUUCCAGCAACAACAUCCCCACAGGGGGCUCUAGCUGUAAUUUAGCCCCAGGCUUCAGGCCUUCCUCCUCCAUCCAGGGGAUGGAGAUCCCGCUGCAGGUGGCUUACGAGGGCUACGAAGGCUACGAGGGGUACGAGCGUUCCUGUAACGACGACCUCUCCCCAAACUCGCCCUCCCAGGGGGGCGGUGGGGGGCUGUACCAGGGUGAGAGCACCCGCUCACGGACCACGCCCUUCAUGGGCGUCAUAGACAAGACGGCACGGACUCACCAGACUCAAUACCUGCAGCAGCCCUCGUCCCAGCGGCCCUGGGCUAUGACCUCCAUGGACUCUGGCAUCAGCCCCACAUCGCCCAGCCAACUGGUCCAGCAGGGCUCGUCCUACAGCCCCCCCACCUCGCUGGGAAACUUCGCAUACUACAACAAGACUAACAACGCCCAGAACGGACAACUCCUGGAGGAGGACUACUACCCCCAGCAGCAGCAGUCCUCCCUGGGCAAGCUGGCCAAUGGCGCCUCCCGGGGCAGAGGAGGGGACAUCCUGGAGAGGGUGAGCCAGGUGCCCACCUAUCCAGACGUGAAGGUGGCCAGGACUCUGCCCGUAGCUCAGGCCUACCAGGACAACAUGUACCGACAGCUCUCCCGUGAUAUGUCCCGUGACUCUAGGCAGGGCCCCACCUCCCCCAUCAAACCAAAGAGACCUUUCGUGGAGUCGAAUGUGUGAAUGUACCGUCCACGGCAGGACUGGGCAUGGGAGGGGAGGAAGGGAGGGGAGG